AUGCUGCUUUUAAUUAAUCAAGAUCUCCUUCGAUUAAAGGAAGCGUAUCACGUAGCGUCGAAACCUCAUAGAAAAUAUAGAGUUCAAGACGAAGACUACGAAUAUCAGUUAUUACUCUCAUUAUUAUUAUUAUUAUUAUUAUUAGUGUUAUUAUUAUUAUUAUUAUUAUUAUUAUUAUUAUUAUUAUUAUUAUUAUUAUUAUUAUUAUUAUUAUUAUUAUUAUUAUUAUUAUUAUUAUUAUUAUUAUUAUUAUUAUUAUUAUUAGUGGCGCGUGUAGCACAGUCGACGUUCCGCUGUCAACACUAUCACGAUCGGAGGUUCGAAAUCGCCCCGAUGCCAACCAAACCUUACAUUCUUCCGGGUACGGAUAAAUUGAAGGAUAAAAUCCAUCAUCAUCCUUUCCUCCACCUCGUCCCGCCCUCUUCACUCUUCACUCACCGACUCUAUCCGCCAACAUCACACGAGUGCUGUUCGGUCACCGAUAUGACGCCGCGGCCAUGGCACCGCACCCAUAGUCCACCGUUGUUGUUGCUCCUUCUCGUCAUCAGUCUUCCAGUUACUGAAUCCAGUAUUCGACUGUGUGGAAUGCGGCUUACUCGAACUCUUAUGUCGAUCUGCAGAAAUCAGUUGUGUGGUGCAUUCGCGCAGAGUAAAAGAUCAAUGCUCUGGGAACAGCCUCAACUUGAGACUGUGCAUUCGUCGAUAAAACGUGCCGGUAUCGCAACCGAAUGUUGCGAAAAUCGGUGUUCGUUUAGUUAUUUGAAAACGUAUUGCUGUGAAACUUAG